AUGUGCGCUGCGGGAAACAGAGCAGUCGCCGCAGCCCUAGGAGGUCCCGGAGGACUGAGCGUUAUAGGUCUUGUUCACGCCAUCCUCGCACUGAUUGGAUUUGGACCCAUCGGUCCUGUCGCAGGCAGUUUGGCCGCGGCCAUUCAAGCUUCUAUUGGAAAUGUUGCUGGUGGAUCAGCCUUCGCGAUUGCUCAAAGUGUCGCCAUGGGCGGAGCAGGAGUCGGCGCGUGGCUCGGCGCAGCCUUUGGCGGAGUGUUGGUUGCUCUGGGUAUCAGGAGAUAA